AUGACGUUUUCUCUUUCACUUGAGGACGCGCAGAAACUCAUUUCCGCUCAUGGAUUCGAUGCCUCACAUUCAACUGUAGUGGAAAUUACAGAGGUGGUCAAUGAUGCGUUUAGUUAUACAAGAGACAGAAAGACAUAUGUCGUAGAUCUUUCUGCCUCCAAAGAAUUGGCACCGACGCACUCUUGCUUCAUCUCUGUCUCUCUGCCUUCGAGCCCGCCAGACACGCCAGAUCCAUAUCACCCAAAUUCCCUUCAAGUUAUCGGCAAACUGAUCUCCUUAAUUCACAGACACACAGCUAUCCCCAUUGCAGAUCCCUCACUGGACACGUCGAGAGAGCUCUGGUAUCUUAUCACGCCAAUCCAUCCUCUCCCAUCAUCCGCGAUUAUCACACUGUCGCAUGCACGAAACAAGGGGCUACUCACUGCUCAACAACUUGUACUACUUGAUCUAACACUUGGCAAGUUCCUGGGUCAGCUGCAUAGUGGGGUUAUGAACGAGUGGUUCGGGUUGCCGCUCCUGGGAGAACCACCAGACCCUUCAUAUAGCUGGCAAGAGACAUUUACGUCCGUGCUUGAGGCACUUCUCGCCGAGGCCGAGUCCAAGUCUUACGAGCUUCCCUUUGAGGAUAUCCGACGCUACUUAUCCCGCGCCAUUGCCUUUUUCCUGUUUGAUGAUGUCCAAGUGCCAUCCUUAGUGUGGUUCACGGGUUCGGAUGAUGAUAUAUACAUCAGCUUGGAUGGGACGGGCGCCAGCAUUGCUGCAAUUCUUCCCAAUGUUGCGCAUGCGAUCUGGGGAGAUCCGCUUUUGGAGUCUUUUUUUAUGUCCGGGAUGAACGAAGCGCUCUUGGAGGGUUACAAAGAUGGAGGUGGAGAGACGCUGGUCGUUUUCAGCCGGCAGAAGACGAAACGGUUAUGGUAUACGUUAUUCUUGGCUUUGGUAGUACUGACGGAGCGAAAUGGCACUGCAGGUCCAAGGGAACAAUGGGCUAAGGAGACCAUCAUGCAGUGCGCGGAUAGCCUCAAGGAUGCCCCUUGUCAUUGA